GGUCUAUGCCAUAUCUAUAGCCCAAUCUUGAUUGUCGCAUAAAUAUUAGCUGUCAUCUCUUUCCCAUUCUUCAAUAUGUGUCUUUUUUUUAUAUUUCAUUGCUUUUUCCUCUCAGUCUUCAUGAAAUUCUAGUUUUAUUUCCUUUGAAAGAAGAAGGAAAAAAAACCCUAAAACCCAAAUCCUCUGUUUUUUCAUUUGAUAUGCAGUUUGGUAUUGAAGCCUUAACCAUAUGUCCAAAGAAGAACCAAACUGAGAAGCAUUGCAAUUUUUGUAUGAUGACUUCAAGCUUCGUUUCUGAAUCGGCGGCUUCUUGGGUCAUUGGUGAUUACAUUGGUAUGGAAAGCUGCUUUGAUCUCUAUAACAACGACCAGGUUUGCAGUGGUGGUGGUGGUGGUGGUGACGGCGGCCGUGUCUGCCGUGAAAUCCGUGUGAAGCGAGGACAGCGGUGUAAGAAGGAGUUCCCUCCGCCGAUACCGUCGCUUGCUCGCACCGAGAAUCAACCACCUCAUAUGCCUUGGGUGCUUCAAAGGUAUUACACUAAUGACGGACGGUUGAUUCUUAGAGAAGAGAAGGUUAAACACCAUGAAUAUUUCCGGGCUCAUCGAUCCAAUGGUCGUUUAACAUUGCAUCUUAUUCCCUUGGAUAAUGAGGAUAAUGAUACAGAUGUAGAAGAAGAAGAAGAAGAAGCGAAGGAUGUAGAAGAAGAAGAAGAAGAAGAAGCAAAGGAAGAGGAUGAUCAAGGUAAUGUUGUUGUUGAAACUUCGAUUAAAGACAAUAAUGAGAGUGAAGAAUCAAUGGUGAAAUAUCCAAUUGGUGAUAAUAAUGAUAAUGGGAUAGCAGCAAAUGGAGGGAAGUGCAUGAACUACAGCAGUGUAAGAACAAGUCCCACAUGUUUUCUGGGUUUGCCAGCAAUCAGGCCAGUUCACUCUUAGCUUAGUUACCCAAAAUAAUAAACUCUUUUAAGGGUAAAAAAUGAGGUGUCGCUUUUAUUGGAUAAAUGGAAAUAUGUACGAUUCAACAGCCUUAGAAA